ACCACCUGGAUCGGGAGACGGACCGUCUACCUCCGGUCGGGAGCGGCUCCCCGGAGAACCGUUCCGGCCCGUCCACUCCUCCACCGGGCGGAGAACCCAGCGGGUCCCGCCCGUGCCCUGGGGUGACUCCCGACCACCCGGGGCGGAUCCGAGGGGAUCUUCUCCACGAUUCCAGCGCCGGCCCAGGCACUAUGGCCCCGGGAAGGACGUCUCCCUCACUCGGCCCAGGACCGCCGGGAGGACCGAGGCGGGCCUGGCCCAUGGACCCCCUGGGCGCCCCGUCCCAGUUUGUGGAUGUGGACACGCUGCCCAGCUGGAUGGACUCGUUCGAGCCCGGGGAGCCGGACCCCCGGGACCCCUUCCCGGGGGGUUGUCCCCGCUCCCCCUUCCCCUGCAACAGAGCCGUCGGCGGGAAGGUGGUUCUCUGGAAGGGAGACGUGGCCUUACUGAACUGCACGGCCAUCGUGAACACCAGCAACGAGAGCCUCUCCGACAAGAACCCCGUCUCGGAGAGCAUCUGCGCCCUCGCGGGACCGGACCUCCUUGAGGACCUGCAGAAACUCAAAGGCUGCCGGACCGGAGAGGCGAAGCUGACGAAAGGCUUCAACCUGGCGGCGCGUUUCAUCAUCCACACGGUGGGCCCCAAGUACAAGAGCCGCUACCGCACUGCGGCCGAGAGCUCCCUCUACAGCUGCUAUUGGAACGUCCUCCAGCUGACCAAGGAGCAGGCGAUGUCCUCGGUGGGAUUCUGCGUCAUAAACUCGGCCAAAAGAGGCUACCCUCUGGAGGACGCCACCCACAUCGCCCUCCGCACAGUGAGGCGCUUCCUCGAAGCCCACGGCGACACCAUCGAGAAGGUCGUGUUUGCUGUGUCGGACCUGGAAGAGGCCACCUACCGGAAGCUGCUGCCCCUCUAUUUCCCAAGGUCCUUGGAAGAGGAGGCGCGCUCCCUGCCCCUCCUCCCUGCGGAUAUCGGCAACGCCCAGGGGGAGCCUGUGGUCCCGGAACGACAGAUCCGCAUAAGCGAGAAGCCAGGCGCGCCAGAGGACCCGCGGGCGGCGGCGGAGGAGGACGAGGAGGAGGACGGACUGGAGGUGGGCCUGUCGUUCGUCGGCUCGCACGCGUUCGCCCGCAUGGAGGAGGACGUGGACAAGCAGCGGCGCCUGGUCCUCCAGGGACAGUUGUCGGAGGCGGCGCUGCAGAAACAACAUCAGAGGAAUUACAAUCGCUGGUUGUGCCAAGCAAGGGCAGAGGACCUCUCCGACAUCGCCUCCUUGAAAGCCCUAUAUCAAACCGGUGUGGACAACUGCGGCCGCACCGUCAUGGUGGUGGUGGGACGAAACAUCCCCGUGACGCUCAUUGACAUGGACAAGGCCCUCCUGUACUUCAUCCACGUGAUGGACCACAUCGUGGUGAAGGAAUACGUGCUGGUUUAUUUUCACACACUCACCAGUGACUACAAUCGCCUGGACUCCGACUUCCUCAAGAAACUGUAUGAUGUUGUGGAUGCCAAGUACAAGAGGAACCUGAAGGCCGUGUACUUUGUCCACCCCACAUUCCGCUCCAAGGUGGCCACCUGGUUCUUCACCACCUUUUCCGUGUCGGGGCUCAAGGACAAAGUGCACCAGGUGGAGAGUCUUCACCAGCUCUUUGCCGCCAUCGCCCCCGAGCAGAUCGACUUCCCACCCUUUGUCCUGGAGUACGACGCGAGGGAAAAUGGACCUUGCUACUCCUCUGGGCCCCCAUCACCUGAUCUGUGACGGUCAUCCCGUGGUCCACCCGUACCUGGCCAGAGUCUUGCACCCUCUUGCUGAAUCGGGCAUCGUGGGCCACGCGAGCAGCCGGCCGGGUCGGGCCACACCGGACUCUCUCUAGUUAACUUCGGAGGGCACAAACGGAGACGUCGGCAGUCGGGGGCCGUGGCGGGGGUCUCCGUCCUCCUCCCCUGCCCCCUUCUUCGAGAGACUCCCAUCCUGCCACCGGACCACCGGCCCGGCGUCGGCAGACGCCCUCGUGCCCCAAGGGCUUCUUAAAAAACGUAACCAGUGGUGGAGAUGAGGCCCUGGAGGCAACUGGGGCCGUGCGGGGUUUCCCCGGAGCCCUGGCUCUCUGCCCUGGUCCUGCCGUGACCGAGUGGCAACUCUGGUCCCCCCCCCCCCCCCCACACACACAAUAAGCGGGGCCGUGUAGGUCCGUUGCAGGGAUCUCUGAGCCGGGGAGUGCUCUCGGGGCCCCACCCCACAGGGGAAACCCUGCCCUAUCCUGCCAGUGUCCCGGGGUCAGGGCGAGGGCAGGGACGCUAUUCCGGGAGCUUCCCGCACCGACACUUGGGUGGUUACUAGUUACUGGGUCUUCCCUCUUGGCCCACUGCCCUGUCUCCUCCCCAGCUCCCCCACCCACGCAGCUCCGGCCCCCCAAGAGGCCGGCCCAGCCGACCAAGUCGAGGCUCCGGGCUGAAUCCUGGGCACCGGGUGUCCGGCUCCUCCCCCAGCGGCGGCUGCAGCCCCGCCAGCCUCGCCUCGGAGCCCCAUCCUCCACCCAGGGCCGUCGUGGGGGUUGCCCCCGGCCCUUCGGUCUACCCCUUUACGGUCCUACCCGACUCUGCCCGUCCCGGGCCUUGGACGGGGAAGCAAUAAAAUCGGCCGAGGGUCCGGAGGGGCUUGGGAUCAGGUCCGUUUUUCACUCUC